AUGUCGUCAGGAACAAACCCUCCGCGAGACACCCGAGCUGCGCGAGCCGAGUACGGAGGGAAGAGAAGGGCAGGACGAGAAAAGGUCAAGAAAAAGGGACGGACGGGCACAAAAACGUUUUGUGCCGAGAUGCACAGCCGGAACAAACUCAACAAGCACAAGCGUUAUGCAACGCUCUUUGCAGCUGUCGCCAUCCUAGCGAGAAUGGCGCAGGCCCCACAGACACCGGGAUCCACGGGGCCAAACGACGGGCCGGAUGGGGCAAUUCGGGAGUGCAGUGGCGACAACAUACAGUGGAUUAAGGAACGAUUAGUGGGCAGGGUGCUGUAA